GCAUGGGGAAUCUGGGAAGCUGGCAAUUCUACAGCCGCUUGUUAAUUCUGUCAAUCAGGGCUGCCAGCCAAUUAGCUUGGGGUUGUGUGAGUGUGGCAACACUGUUUCCUGUGAGAGAGGGGGUUACUGAGAGAGAGAAGGGAAGAGAGAUUAACUUUGGAGUGAGUGGUGGAGGGAGCUAGACGAGGGAGCUAGACACUGGAGCGCUGUACAGCGGAUUUUCUUGAAAUUGAUUUCUGGUUGAUGGUCUUUGUUGGAGUAGUUGUUGGGGAGAGCUAAGCUAUACUGCUUCCUCCUAUUCUACAUCUUUGCUGGUGUCCCCUUCAAACAUGAGCUCAAGUGAUUGUCAACACUAUGAUGUUACACCUGUUCUUUUCCUCUCUCACCAGCUCCAAAGGCUUGCUGGUGUUUAUAUUCUCCAGGGCAAUGGGGGUUCAGUGACUUGCCCAGGGUCACAGAGCUAGAAGUCAGGUCCCUGGAUACAAAUGACAAGAUGAUGAUGAUUCCAAAAGGGUUUUCUAUCUGACUUCCAGGAGCUUGACUAAAUCAAAGGCCUUAUCAGCUCAAAGACAUGGAGGAAAAUGGUAACUUUGAUGAGGACCAUCUUACAGAUUAUGAAAUUCAGCUUAGCAUUCAAGAAUCUAUUGAAGCCAACAAGCAAGAGCUUUAUCCUGAAAGGUUUGUGCCUCUAAGUGCUCAGAACAGAAAACUUGUAGAGGCCAUCAAAAAAGGCCAAAUCCUUGAGCUCCAGGACUAUGUGAAAUAUAAGUAUGCUUUGGAUGAAGCUGAUGAAAAUGGAUGGUUCCCCCUGCAUGAGGCUGCAGUUCAACCUAUUCAGCAAAUACUUGAAAUUGUUCUGGAUGCAUCCUACAAAAGUCUCUGGGAAUAUAAUACUUGUGAUGGAGAAACACCAUUAACUUUAGCAGUCAAUUCUUGUCUGGUGGAAAAUGUAAGAACUCUGCUGGAAAAGGGAGUGUGUCCAGACACCAAAAACCUCAAAGGAGAAACUCCCCUUCUACUUGCUAUAAGAAAAGGUUCCUAUGACAUGGUAUCCCUUCUGAUUAAACAUAACACUAGCCUCGAUGUGCCAUGUAUCAAAAAGUGGUCAGCAAUGCAUGAGGCAGCCAAACAGGGCCGCAAGGAUAUUGUUGCUCUGCUUCUAAAGAAUGGAGGAAAUGUGCACCUGCAGGAUGGAUUUGGAAUUACACCUUUGGGUGUUGCUGCUGAAUAUGGUCACUGUGACGUGUUAGAACACCUCAUCCAUAAAGGUGGUGAUGUUUUUGCUUUGUCGGAUGAUGGGGCUUCUGUGUUGUUUGAGGCAGCAGGAGGAGGUAAUCCUGACUGUAUUUCUCUUUUGUUGGAAUAUGGAGGAAGUGGAAAUGUGCCUAAUAGAUCAGGACACCUCCCUAUUCAUCGAGCUGCCUAUGAAGGACAUUACCUGGCUCUGAAAUUCCUCAUCCCAGUAACAUCCAAAAAUGCAAUACAGAAAAGUGGGUUAACCCCCAUUCAUUCAGCAGCUGAAGGCCAAAAUGUUCAGUGUCUGGAAUUACUCAUUGAAAAUGAUUUUGAUGUCAAUAGUCCCCUGGCUGACCACAUUUCUGAGAACUAUGAUGAUGGAAGGAAAACUGCACUGUAUUUUGCGGUUUCCAAUAAUGACAUCCGCUGUACCGAGGUUCUAUUGGCUGCAGGUGCAGACCCAAACCAAGAUCCCCUGAACUGUCUCCUUGUGGCAGUGAGAGCUGGCAAUUAUGAAAUUGUCAGACUGCUUCUCUCCCAUGGAGCAAAUGUCAAUUGUUACUUCAUGCAUGUGAAUGACACCAGGUUCCCCAGUGCCAUUCAAUAUGCUUUGAAUGAUGAGGCAAUGCUUAGACUGUUGCUGAAUAAUGGCUAUCAAGUGGAGAUGUGCUUUGAUUGCAUGCACGGGGAUAUCUUUGGAAAUUCUUUUGUGUGGUCUGAGAUUGAAGAAGAUGUUCUACCAGGAUGGACUUCUUGUGUAAUAAAAGAUAACCCGUUCUGCGAAUUUAUUACAGUUCCCUGGAUGAAGCAUUUGGUGGGUAGUGUUAUACGUAUUUUAAUAGAUUAUAUGGAUUAUGUUCCCCUAUGUGAAAAACUAAAGUCUACACUAGAAGUGCAGAAAGAAUGGCCUGAAAUUCGUCAAAUAUUAGAGAACCCUUGCUCAUUAAUGCAUUUGUGUCGCCUACGAAUUCGAAGACUCAUGGGCCUAAAGAGACUGUGCAAACCAGAAUUUAUAGAGAAACUUCCUCUACCUACUAUCUUAAGAGAAUAUAUCUUGUUUAAAGAAUAUGACCUAUAUGGACAAGAAUUGGGGUUAUCAUGAUUCCUAAGGAAUUUUAAAAAUCAUUCUUUCCACGGGGCUCAGUAAGAAGGGGGAGGAGGUGUUUCUAAUACAUUAACUGGGAUACAAGAACAGCUGCACCCACUGAUGAGACUUAGAAGAAAGCUAAUACAACCCUGAUUCUGCAACCUCAUUACGACAAGCUUCUGGAUGCUGUCUUUUAUAAGACUGAGAUCUCCGAUGCUGUUUUGUUCACGAUGGGAUCUGCUUAGCAUUAUACAGGAGGUCUGGAUAUCAUUGAGUAGCUUCUGAACAUAAAAUCAAUUCUGGUUUUCAGUGUGCGCUCUUAAAAUGAUCUCUCUUAUCUGGUUUAAAGUCAAUUCAAUCAGUCUCAUGAUGUAAAAUGUCUUCUGAAGAAAACAAUGUAAAGAGCCAAAUGAUAUUUUCAGGUUUUAGAACUAAUAAAAAGUUGAAAUUAUGUAUACACAUUGUAAUUUUACAACAGAUAUUAGGAAGACAUUUCCUAUUGGUGCUUUAUAGUAAUACAUAUUGCACCACUUACAAUAAUGGGGACAGUGUGUAAGAAUCAGAAAGAAUGGAAACUCCAUGGAAGAAAAUUAAUACUUAUAUAAGUGUGCCUUUGCAACUUAUGAACAGUUAAAUGUGAAAAUAUAAUGUAACUAUUACAUAUCCAGAAAAUUGUUUUGUUACUACAACCCUUGACACAAAGAUCAUCCUUGUGUUUUUUCUUUGCCAUUGACUUUUUCACAAGUUGGCCCUGGACUUGGAGUCAGGAAGACAUUGUCCAAAUCUUGCUUUAGCAACUAAUAAGCUUUGUGACCCAGGUCAAAUACAUUUAACCACUCUGUCCUCAUCUUUAAAGUAAAGGAAUUAGACUCAAUGACCUCUAAGAUCUUUCUAGUUCUAUACCUAUGAACCAAAAUUGCAUCUCUGGAAUUGGGACCUACCAGUGUCACAACCUCCUUGGGACACAUUUUUUUUAAUUAAAGCAUUUUGUUUGAAUACAACUGACACUUUUUUUUUUUUUUUUGCGGGGCAAUGGGGGUUAAGUGACUUGCCCAGGGUCACACAGCUAGUAAGUGUCAAGUGUCUGAGGCCAGAUUUGAACUCGGGUCCUCCUGAAUCCAGGGCCGGUGCUUUAUCCACUGCGCCACCUAGCCGCCCCACAACAGACACUUCUAAGACAAGCAUUACCACAAAGUAAAAUUUCCCCAUACGGUUCAAUCCAACAAACAUUUAUCAAGUCCCUACUUUAUGUAAGGCACCAUGCUAGUUGCUGGAGAUAGAAAGACAAAAAUGAAGCAAUCCCUGGCCUCCUAGAAUUUGCAUUCUCCCAGAGAGAAACACCAUUUAUGCAAACAUUAUGAAUUAUUUUCUAGAGGGAGAAAGCAUUAAUGGCUGGGGGGAUCAGGAUAGGCUUUCUGUGAGCUGACCCUUGAAAGAAGCUACAGAUUCUAAGAAAUGAAGGUAAGGGAAUACAUUCCUGUCCCCAAGACUGUCCUAUAGUUAUUGGGUCUGAUAGUCCCCAUGGCCUUCAACUCUUACAGUUUCCUGAUUGCUAAAAUAAAGGAAGGCUGUGUGCUUUAUCUUUAGUAGCUUAGUACCAGCAUUAUAGGACAGCUCAGAAGCACAGCGGAUGGAGGGCCAUGCCUGGAGAUGGGAAGACUCAUCUUCCUGAAUUCAAAUCUGGCCUCAGACUCUUACUAGCUGUGCGACCCUGGACAAGUCACUUAAUCAUGUUUGCCUCAGUUUCCUCAUCUGUAAAAUGAGUUGGAGAAGGAAAUGGCAAACCACUCCAAUAUCUUUUCCAAGCAAACUCCCAAAAGAGGUUACAGAGUCAGACAUGAUUGAAAACUACUGAACAACAGCACCUGUAUUGUAAGUUGUAUUUGACUUGAGCUGUGUUACCUUUUGUUACUGUCUUUAUUUGCAUUGCUGUAGGCAUUGUAUGUACUGGUUGUCUUUGCUUUCUUUAUUCUUAAAUCCCUGCUGAGUUUCCAAAGCUGUAACAUACUUGGGACAUGCAGGACUCAUGCAGACAUAAACGAGAUUUCUUCCUGUGUAUUAGUAACAGACCUGCAUGACUCUGUGACACCAACUAGUGUGUGGAUAUAGUUGGGUUUUACAGUAUUAUUAAAAAUUCUGCCAAAA